UCUCUUCCUGCUGCCUUCCUUUCCUUCUAGCAGCUGAUUCCAACACAGCAGCAGCUCCUGUCCCGUGAGUCGUGACCCGUCCUGCGUGAGACACACCAACCAAGCCAAAGUUACAACAGAACGUCAGUGUCUCUGCGCACGGACUGUGCGUCUCUCUUUUACUGUACGAUCUGCUCGCUACUAUUGUUUGAAGCUCGCAAACUCUCGCACUGUGAAAUGGCGGGAGCUCUUCAAGGCUUGACCGUGUUCGGUGCAACAGCCAGCCUGCCUUCAGGCUUGAACCCCUCUUCCUCUCGCAACCCGAUCGGUCUACCGAACUUCUUUCAAACUCCAGACUUCUCCCGUCUGAUUCCGAUCAAGCUCUCACAGCAGCAACACCAGCAGCAGCAGCAGUACCGACCAAUCGCUUGCCGAUCCACCGUUUCUCAAGACCAAGCAACGCUCUCAUCAGCACGGGACUCCGGUAACGUUAACGGUAACGUUAACGUCAACGCGGAAUCCGUCGCCGUUCCGUCUUCCCCUAUCAGCUACGACUCUCCACCUGCCGAUCACACCAACGGGUCGUCCUUCUCGGAGUUUCCGCAACCGCUGUCCGGAAAUUCGUCGUUUUCCCCGCGGAAGUUCGGGCCCUUGACGGAAGUCUCCGCGGAGGAUUAUGAUCUGGCGGUGGCGGAGCGCGCGGUGCAGCUGUCGUGCCGGCUGACUCAGCGCGUGCAGGACCAGCUGCGACGCGCGGAGGACGUUGCACGGUCGAAGAAAGACAAGUCGUUCGUUACCGUCGCAGACUGGGGCGUGCAAGCCGUUGUCAGCUGGGUGCUAAAGCAAGCGUACCCCGACGAGGCCAUAUCCAUGGUGGCGGAGGAGGACACCAAGGAGCUCACGGGCCAGGCGGGCGUGGCGGUGCUGCAGCGCCUCGUGCAGACGGUCAACGAGUGCCUUGCGGAAGCCGCCCUCGUCGGCAUCCCGCCCCCAGAAGCGCCGCUCACGGCCGUGCAGGUGCUCCAGGCGAUCAGUAGGGGUGGGUCGGAGGGGGGAGCGGAGGGGCGGCACUGGGUGCUGGACCCGGUAGAUGGGACGUUAGGGUUUGUGAGGGAUGAUCAGUACGCUGUGGCGCUCGCGCUGCUGCAGGACGGGCAGCUGACAGUCGGCGCGCUGGGCUGCCCGAACUUCCCAGUCAGGUCGGGGUGGCUACGGCACCCGCACAGAUUCCACCGGCUGACCGCUAAAUAUUUCCCGCCGACCAAAUGGCACAAGGGGUUCGUGCUGAAGGCGAAGAGAGGGGGGGGCGCGUGGAUGGAGUCGCUGGUGGAGAUUGGGAGGGAUGGAGGGGCGUUGAGAGCGGUUCCGGUGCCGGUUAGGGUUUCGCCAGUGCGAGACGCGGCGCUGGCGACGUUCUGCGAGCCUGUGGAGAAGGCGAACUCGAACCAGUCGUUCACGGCUGAGCUGGCAGACACGCUCGGCAUCAGCAAGGAGCCUCUGCGAGUGUACAGCAUGGCCAAGUACGCUGCCAUUGCCAGGGGUGAUGCGGAGAUUUUCAUGAAGUUUGCACACGGCAGCUACAAGGAGAAGAUUUGGGACCAUGCAGCGGGCGUGAUUAUAGUGGAAGAGGCAGGCGGCGUUGUGACGGAUGCGGGCGGCAACCCCUUGGAUUUUAGCAAGGGGAGGUUCCUGCUGGGGUUGGACAGAGGGAUCAUGGCGACCAAUGGCGCGGAUAUGCAUGACCAGCUGCUGAGCACUGUAGAUGCCAGCUGGAGCGCUUCCCGGUUGUAACCGCUUCGACACGAGUGUAACAUGACAAGGGUGUCCAUGACUGGUCCUGGAGAGCUGAUCUGGAAGGGGUCCUGGAGAGCAGAUAGGCUGCAGUGGGCAGGAAUAAAAGUGCUGAUGUUGGACAUGUGACCUAUCUCCUGAGUGACAUGGACAAAGGGGAAUGGGCGUGUUGGAUGUUUGGUGCAAGAGUAAAGUGAUCUCCAGCACUUAAAGUUGCACAUGUUCAAUGGGAACUGGUCAUGCUAUUUUCACAUUUAUUAUCACAAAUCCUCUUUUGCAUGGUUUUAGUCGCUACGGUUUUGCGAGGUCAUCAACAACCUUGUUGGCUUCGCGCGAGCGGCAUUUGGUUGCUGCCCGAACUGAAAU